AUGAGGAGUUCGGGCAGGCCUAUCUAUCACAGUGAUAUACAUCUUGACCGUUCCUCAGUGCUAACGAAAAAAGAACAAAAACGUGGGCCGCGGUCCAGAGCUAGAAACGGGGAAACCAUCUUGAGCUUGAGCUUAGAAGAGAAGCACUGCCAAGGGUCAGCAGCCAAAGCAUAA